UUGACUGGCUUGGAGGUCCUUGCCAGUUGUAGGCGCUGUUCCAAGCAAGCUGCGAAAACACAAAUCGAUUGUUUAUUUUGUGUUUGUUUACAUUUUCUUUUGCGAACUAAUGGCUUCGACUUUACUGUCGCCUAUGGUGGAUUACUACAACGACGAAGAAGAACUCGACAGCGUGGACGACGACGACGAUCGGAGUUUCAGGGGACGAGACUCGGAGGAAGACACAGAAGAUGCCAGUGAAACAGACCUUGCCAAGCAUGACGAGGAUGACUAUGUUGAAAUCAAAGAGCAGAUGUACCAAGACAAACUGGCCUCUCUGAAAAGACAGUUGCAGCAAUUACAAGAAGGUACGCUGCAGGAGUAUCAGAAGAGGAUGAAGAAGCUGGACCAGCAGUACAAAGAGAGACUUCGAAAUGCAGACCUGUUUCUACAGCUUGAGACAGACCAGGUGGAGAGAAACUACAUCAAGGAGAAGAAGGCGGCGGUGAAGGAGUUUGACGAUAAAAAGGUUGAACUGAAGGAAAAUCUAAUUGCAGAGCUGGAGGAGAAGAAGAAGAUGAUCGAGAACGAAAAAUUAACAAUGGAGCUGACAGGCGACUCGAUGGAGGUAAAACCUAUUAUGACUCGGAAGCUGAGGAGACGGCCUAAUGAUCCGGUCCCAAUACCAGACAAACGGAGAAAACCUGCACCAGCUCAGUUAAAUUAUUUGUUAACAGAUGACCAAAUAAUGGAAGAUCUAAGAACACUUAAUAAGCUAAAGUCACCCAAACGGCCAGUGUCUCCCUCGUCCCCGGAGCAUGUCCCCUCCGCUCCCAUGGAGAGCCCUUCACAGCGUUAUGAGGCCCGUAUCGAGGAGGGGAAACUUUACUACGACAAAAGAUGGUACCAUAAGAGCCAGGCUAUCUACCUGGAGUCUAAGGACAACACAAAGAUUAGCUGUGUCAUCAGCUCAGUCGGGACCAAUGAGAUAAUCCGGAAUUCUGGAUUAUCCGAGAUGAAGAGAUUUGGGUGAGGAAGACGAGCGACAGUACAAAGAUGAGGAUCUACCUGGGACAGCUGCAAAGGGGAGCGUUUGUCAUCCGUCGACGGUCGGCUGCGUGAAACAUUACCCCACCCCUUCCCGCCCAAUUACCAUCUGUUCAUUUGUCUAUCCAUCCACCCUGUUGUUUAUCCCCUGUUCCCCUAUUUGGUGCUUCUCUGUUGAGUUUAACACGUGGCCUCUUAUUCUUUAACAUCUAUCCCACAAAUCAUCCCCCACAACACAAGCAUACACAGUCCCAUCAGAUUGAAUCAGUUUUCCCACAUAAACCAAUUACUACUGUUUUCCAGCAUUAUCUGUCACUAUGUGGCAUGUUUGUGAAGGCAGUUACUGGUAUUAAAGAAGCCUGCUUUGAUUCCUUA